GAAUGCGAAAACUGCAGCGUAAUGGUGAAAAAGAAGAAAAAAUGUCACUAUAUUUUUAAAUAGAACAAUGAAUCAUCAAGAUUUUCUAAUGAAUAUGGGGCAAACGUGGGCGUUCAAGCUCCGCCCAGAGGUGUCGGCUAAUGAGGUGUGACACACUUAUGACGGGGGAUACAAACUAGAGCUGAGGAAGAGGCUCCAUCACUGUUCACACCAUCUGUGGACGAGACGUAAUUGAUUUCACCCACAGGCUGUUGGGACAAUCAGUCACUCAGGAUGACGCACCAGUUCUCGACCCUCUCCGAGGCUCAGAAGAGGGAGCUGCAUGAGACGGCUCAACGCAUAGUUUCUCCAGGGAAGGGCAUCCUGGCUGCAGAUGAGUCAGUGGGCAGCAUGGCUAAGCGGCUGGCCCAGGUUGGAGUGGAGAACACUGAGGAGAACCGGCGGCAGUAUCGUCAGAUCCUCUUCAGCGCAGACGAUCGCAUCAACAGCUGCAUCGGAGGAGUCAUCUUCUUCCACGAGACGCUGUAUCAGCACUCUGACAACGGUGUACUCUUUGUCAAAAUGAUCCGGGACAGGGGCAUCCUAGUGGGAAUCAAGGUUGACAAAGGCGUUGUACCUCUGGCGGGAACUUGUGGAGAAACAACCACACAGGGUCUGGACGGACUCUCGGAGCGCUGUGCACAGUAUAAAAAGGACGGAGCCGUCUUUGCAAAGUGGCGCUGUGUGCUCAAAAUCAGUGACGCCAAUCCGUCUAAACUGGCCAUCACAGAAAACGCAAACGUUCUUGCACGCUACUGUAGCAUCUGCCAGCAGCAUGGCAUCGUGCCCAUCAUAGAGCCGGAGAUUUUGCCUGAUGGCGAUCAUGAUCUGAAACGCUGCCAGUAUGUCACCGAGAAGGUCCUGGCUGCGGUGUACAAAGCCAUGUCGGACCACCAUGUCUACCUGGAAGGCACUCUCCUCAAACCCAACAUGGUCACUGCUGGACACAGCUGCUCCACCAAGUACAGCCCAGAGGAGGUCGCUAUGGCGACUAUCACUGCCCUGCGCCGCACUGUUCCCCCAGCGGUCCCAGGGGUGGCUUUUCUCUCGGGUGGUCAGAGCGAAGAGGAGGCGUCUAUCCACCUCAAUGCCAUCAACAACUGCCCUCUUCCCAAACCCUGGAUCCUGACGUUCUCCUUUGGCCGAGCCCUGCAGGCGUCCGCCCUCAGAGCCUGGAGAGGACACAAAGAGAACGAGAAAGCCGCCACCGAGCAGUUCAUCAAGAGAGCGGAGGCCAACAGUCUGGCGUGCCAGGGGAAGUACACUGGUGGCGAUAACUAUGGCGAUGCCGGCCAGCGCAUCUAUGGCUCCUGUCACGCAUAUUGAAUACAAUAAGAAGUCAUAUUUAACUGGCAUCGUGUUCUUCCACGCCAUAACUAGAUGCAUUGCAGAAGAACUGUCACUACACACUUAGGUUACAUCAGAAUAAUGACACACGUUAAACGAAAACAACUGACAGCGUGUUUUCUUGCCUUGACAAACGAGGACAAUCUGAACAUGGCCUUGUGUAUUUCUAAUGCAUGUACUGAAUGAAAGAUGCUUUGCUUGUGUUUUUGAUGUGUGCAAUCUGUUCUUGGGGCAGAACCACGGUUAAAACUUUAAAAUCCUACACUUAGAAUCACCAUUCAGAACUGACGUCAGUUUUGCAAGUCUUAGCUACAGAGCACCGACAUUAGUUUAUGUUAAAGCACAGAGUAAAAAAGUGUAAAUCAGCAAAUUUCACUUUAAGUGAUGUGUAAGUUUACUCAAAGUUGUAUGAACCCUCUCCAUGUGAGUGAGAUUUGCGUUGGUGUAUUAUUUAUUUAACAAAGAACAUGGACAGAUAGAAAUAUUGCACAAGGAUUAGCUAAAUGCUAAUUAGCUUCUGCAGUGCAACACAUGUGAGGUGAUGUUAUCAUUCUCGGUAUAUUCUGUUUAGUAGUCUAAUAAACAUUCAUUUAUUGUCAUUUAAACAACAAAUCUGUGUCUAAAGUCUGGUUUAAACACUUUGUUUUAUGAACAUUUAUGGCAUUCACAUUCUUAAUAAACCUACAGGCACUGA